AUGGGCGGGCGCUCCACGCCGCAGGGGUACCGCGCGGCGCUGUCGUCGAAACCCCGGGAGGGGUCCAGCACUUCGGGCGCCAGCCGGCCACAGAAGCGGCGGUCUGCGUCGGCCACGGGCGUGCGGGGCGACGUGCGUACGGCGCAGAGCGCCACGCCGGAACCACUGGUGCGGCCGGCGACGUCAUCCGCCCAGGCUCCGCCGCAGCAGACCGGGGAGGGCGUCAAGGUGAUCAUCCGAAUUCGGCCGCUCAACCAAUCCGAAGUCCUGGCAGAGGACUGCACGCGCGCCGUGACGUGCAUGGACGACUACACGCUGACGAUCAGCCCCGACAAGAAGAAGCAGAGGUCCGAGGAGGCGUGCACGUUCACCUUCGACUCCGUGCACCAAGAGACGAGCACGCAGGCGGAGGUGUUCGAAGAGGUUGGCAUCCCAAUCAUUGAAAAUGUGGUGGGCGGCUACAACUCUACAAUAUUUGCAUACGGACAAACGGGGGCGGGCAAGACCCAUACCAUGAUCGGCGAUCCUGAGUGUGGCAGAAAACGCUUGGCAGUGGAGGGCGGAUUGGCACCCAGGGUGUUUCAGUACCUCUUCAAGAAAAUCACUGAAGAAGAGCAACGCAAACGUGAUGAAUACGGUAACCCUGAGGAGCUCCACUUCAGUGUGCGGUGCAGCGUUCUCGAAAUCUACAAUGAGCUCAUCACAGAUUUGCUGAACCCCAAAGAGGUCAACUUGCAAGUCAGAGAAGAUGCCCAGAGGGGUGCUUUUGUUGAUGGCUUGAAAGAGGUUCAUUGCCAGAAUGCCAGUGAAGCCCUCCGUCUAUUGUUCACUGGGGCUCAGAAUCGCAAGACUGCGCACACCAGGGCCAACAGCAAGUCAAGUCGAUCCCACUACAUUUACACCUGCUUUGUGGAGCGAACGUCAAAGUCGAUUGAUGGCAUAUGUCAGACAAGACACUCCAGACUGAACCUUGUUGACUUGGCAGGGAGUGAGCGAAACAACAUGUCUGGUGCCACAAACCACCAGCUGAAGGAAGCCUGCCACAUUAACAAGUCGCUGUCAACACUGGGGCGAGUGAUAAAAGAGCUGCUUGAAAGCCAGAAGCAUGGGGGUGGUCACAUCCCUUAUCGCGACUCUAAACUGACCUACCUGCUGCAGGAGUCCCUUGGUGGAAAUGCCAAAACGACGAUAAUUGCCAACAUCAGCCCCUCCUCAAUUUCGUACCACGAAACGCUGAGCACCCUCCAGUUCGUGCGGCGAGCAAAGUACAUCAGGAACAAUGCCCGAGUGAAUGAAGACAGUGAGGAGAAGAAGAACAUAGAGGACUUGCAAAGGGAGGUCAAGCGGCUGAAGGAAACCAUCACCAACUUGAGGUCUGAGGUCGCAACACCAGCAAUCAAGGAGAAUACUGUCCUCAAGGGGCAUGCCGAUGAGCUCCAACGCCAGCUGGAUUCUGCCAACGCAGCCAACUUCCUGCUGAAGGAGGAAAAACAGAAACUGCAGGAGCAUGUUGCGCGGCUACAGGGCGACCGGGUGGCCAUGAAGAAGAGCAUUGACCUGUUGAUGCGCAAGGUGAAUGACGCACAGAGGUCAUUCCAGGCAGUUGAGGAGCUGGGAGGCAAGGUGUCGGAGACGGAGAGGGAGGUGCUGGUGCGUGAGCUGCAGAAGGAGGAACUGGAGCGGCUGCAGAGCACAGACCUGAUGGACGAUAUGAUGAGGGAACUGGAGCGGGCCCGCGAGACAAUGGAAAAGCAGCAGCUGGAAGUUGAGAUGCUGUACAAGAAUGAUGCACAGAAGGACGCAUCGCUGGCUGCUGUCAGCGAGCAGCUGGCCCGCGAAAAGGACGCAUCGGCUGGACUCGAAGCAGCCCUGGACCGAACGCGUGCGGAGCUCAUCUCUGCUCGUGAUGGUGUGUGUCUCACCAAGGGGGAGGUCUCCAAACGGGAGGUGGAGACGGAAAACCUGCGACAGCAGCUGGCCCAUUUGAAUGGAGACCUAAACUCUGCUCAACGGGAGAACGCCCGGCUCAACGAGCAGCUGACGAAGAAGGGCAAUAUGAUCUGCAAGCUCGAGUGCACGGUGUCAGAGCUGCGGCAGCUGAUCCGGGACACAAAGAACGAGGCUGCCACAUUGAUUGAGGACCGCGAGCAGGAGAAUGACUACCUCAGACACCUGCUGGAUGAUGCCACCAGCCGUGUUGAUGCCGCUGAGGCCACCCUUGCACAGAUUUCUCUGGAACGGGACCAGGUUCGCCGGGCCAACUUCAGCUUGACAAAUUUUAUGGAGAACAUCAACGACGUCAUCCGCGAUGCCGAGGUCACCACGCCAAUGGGCAUAACCCACACGAUUCGGGACUACGAGGAUCGUCAGGGCUUUUACGAUGUGUACGACAGACCCACUGUGGCUCGCAGCGUGACUCCGAAGUAUGCGGUGUCUCCUGAGUCCAUGAGCCAAAACGGCUUGGCGGGCUACAUGAGCCCUCCCCCAGGGGCCCGAGUGGAAGUUGGAGGGAGCUACGGUGAGGGAGGAGAGUACUAG